AUGAAAGGAUGCUACAUACGUGGCAUUGUCGCCAUGCCGAUUGAGUAUGCCUACAGCCUUUUGGCUUAUCCAAUCCCCGGGGGUGAAGUCGGCUUAGGCAUCGGUUGUUCGGGAGCUGGGCCGAAUUGGGCGAAUCGGCUGGCUCGAGGGAUUCCGGUCUUCCUAUCUCCACGGCCUGACAGACUCGAUGUAGCCCGGUCGGAUGGGUGCUUUAGGUCAGGAGGCGAGCUCGGAAACGUGUCUCAACUGGCGGCCAAGCCCCCGAUACAAAUGGGCAUAUGGCAUGCGAGCCGACUCCAAAGCUCUCUCCAGCGGCUUUGA